AUGAUACGCAACAAAGGAUCAAAUAACAGUCCCUAUCAGGGUGGAGGAUUUUUCUUGAUGGUUCACUUCCCAGCAGGUUACCCCUUCAAACCACCGGCUGCAUUUACAACAAGAGUCUGCCACCCAAAUAUUAACAGUAAUGGCAGCAUUUCUCUUGAUAUUCUGUGGUCACAGUUGUCUCCAGCACCGACUAUUUCAAAAGUACUUUUGUCCAUCUGUUCUCUGUUAUGUGAUCCCAAUCUAGAUGAUCCUUUAGUGCCUGAGAUUGCAAGGAUCUACAAAAAAGAGAAGUACAGCAGAAUAGCUUUGGAGUGGACUCAGAAGUAUACAACUUUAAUUAAAGAAAUUAUUGGAUAAGCUCUACAAAUAAAGAUAGGGGAAUUAUGAAAGAGGUAGUGCUUUUGACUUCCA